ACGGCGCAAAGCCGAGCAGCCCUCAGUCGCACACAGUCUCAACUCGAAACAAGGAAUUCGAUUGUUUUCUUGCAUCCAUAGACUGUCCUUUUUGGGGGGAAUAUUCUAGACUUUUAUUAUUCAGCUUUACUUUUAAAAGUGUUGAGUUGUGUUUUGUGGUUUUUGAACACUUUCUUGAAAUUCUGAAUUGAAGUCAGAAUGCUGGAUCCACUGGCUGAGUUGAGAAGAACUGGAGGCUUUAGGCAGUGUGGUGGCCGGUUGUCCUGGCAGGUGCGAUGGAUCUUGUACAGCGUGUGUGUACUGACGGUAAUAAACUGUGCCGGCCUGGUUCUACUCCUGGUUCAGCAGAGAGAGCUGUGGGCUCAUCUGACUGAGGUGGAGAGGCAGAUGGUGGAGAUUUCUCAGAGCUCCGUGGUGGAGUUCAUGACACAAGUAAACGAAGAUGAGGCUGAGUAUCAGUACUCCAGAAAAAAACGCAGCCGGCAGCAUCGAGGGACACGACCCUUUGAGGAGCAAGAGGGGAGUGUGGGAGAGGAAGUCUUGGGAGAUUUCCAAUAUCAGAAUCCACAGACGCAUGGCCCGGUUUACCAGCACAAAACAGAAGAGCAGGAUGGAAUGAUGACAAUGAUGACAUACUCCAUGGUGCCAGUUAAAAUUCUUCUGGAUAUUUGCAACAGUACUAAGGGAGUCUGUCUGACUGGGCCACCAGGACCAUCAGGAAUUCCAGGCUUGCCGGGUGCGGACGGAAUGCCGGGGUAUAAUGGAACAGACGGAAUUCCAGGGUUGCCAGGAGAGCCUGGAGCACAUGGAAAACGGGGAAAAAGAGGUCCUCCGGGUGAGAAGGGUGAGCCUGGUGAGAGAGGAGAGCAAGGGUAUCCUGGACCCUCAGGACCCCCUGGAGAACAGGGUGAACCUUCAAAUGAUGUCAUAGUAGAGGGUCCACCUGGUCCAGUUGGACCCCCUGGCCUCCCUGGUCCACCUGGCCUUCCAGGGCCCCCCGGACCUCAGGGGCCACCAAGACACAGGAGCCACAGAGCACAUCUCCAAAGGGGGAAGGAGUCUGUGGGUCACCUUAAAUCAGUCCCAAAUGAUGACACCAUCACCCAGAAAAUGGUAUCAUGGAAGAUAAAUGACUGUGUCAUAAAAUCAGUGCAGAACCCAAGACCUCUGAUGAAAAUGAGCAGCACAUUUGGAGCAUGGAUGAUGGACACUGCUGCUCAUGAUAAUGAGAAGAUCUGGGUAGCAGAACAUUUCUCAGGACGUAUCAUAAAGGAGUACAACAGUAUUGCGGCAUUCCAGAACAGCAGCAAUGAAUCCAUUGAUGUCCGAAAAUUUUUCCAAGGUUGCGGCCACGCUGUACAUAACGGCUCCAUAUUCUACCACAUCGCUGGAACUUCCAAUAUUGCCAAGUUUGACCUCCAGACGAAGAUCUUACACAUGCUUACCAUUGAAAAUGCUUUCUAUCACAAUAAGUCCUACCUCCUUGAGAACUCAAAGACCUAUUUCAAAUUGGCAGUGGAUGAGAACGGUAUGUGGAUCAUAUUUGCCUCCAACAUCGACGACAACAUAAUGGUGGCACGAUUGGAUGAGAAAACUUUCUCCGUCAACACAUACAUAAACGCCACCUAUCCCAGGACCAAGGUAGGUAAUGCAUUUAUCGCCUGCGGGAUCCUCUAUGUCACGGAUACUAAAGACACAAAAGUGACGUAUGCCUUUGACCUCCUGAAAGAGAAGCCUGUUAGUGUCAAUUUAGAUCUGAGGGCACCUGGAGGGGUUCUGUCCAUGAUCUCAUACAAUCCCAGAGACAAACAUCUCUACAUAUGGGACAGCAGCUACGUCAAGUCAUACCAAGUACAGUUCCACUCAGAUGAAUAAUCAAA